UGUUUGGGAAACAGUGGCGCACGUGUUAGUCUAGUUUUCCAAGCAGUUAGGCAUAGAAGAGAAAAAAUACUAAAGGAAAGGGACAACCCGUCGACUUCUCAAAAAAAAUAAAUAGAGGCUGUGGGCGGAAAUGAGACCAAAAUGGGCAUCAAAGGAGGAGAUUAAAGCAUGUGUGAAGCGUGCAUCACUCUCCUUCUGACUUAAAAUUUAUUGUUAUGUGUCUGCGCCAUGCUUUCUCAAAAAUCAUUUACGAUGGAGAGGCAUAGUACGCGCCACCAGCAAGAAAUGGUGAGGCCUGAGACGAAAUUUGCUCGUUUUAUCUACUCAGCUCAGCCACAAGACUAAACUGCAAAAUCGUAUAAUGAUGGAAGAGUGAUCCUACUGUAUUUGGCUUUUGUUUGGUAACUUGAAGUUGAUAUGGAAACAGCCCUUGAAACAGCCCUUGUAAAUGAAUCUGUCACAACAAAUGCAGAUGUUACUGAAUCAAAGGCUACUAAAACUUCUGUUACAGAUGUAAAAGUUGAAUCAGAUUCUAGUGAGGACAAGGUCAAAACUAACAUGGUAUUAGAUUCAGUAUCUCCUGAUGAAAAUGAAGUUAGCCAAACAGAAGGGUCAUUGAAUAUAAUCAAUUCAAAAAAAAGUUUCUCAGAUUUGAACGACUCAAUGAAUGGAAAAGGUAAGGAAAACAAGGACAUCGAGAAUGUGAAAGAGGAAGAAAUAGAUAUCAUGACAGUAGAAAAAACACCCAAAUUAAAACGAAAGAUCAUUCGAAAAAGUUGGAGUAAAGAGGAAGCGUCACCGCAAACCCCUUUAAAAAAAAGUAAAGGUGGAUUACGAGCAGAUUGCCCAACAUUCUGCAGGGUAGGUUGCACAAAUACUCAUCAUGAACUCUUAAUUUAUGCACGCAGGAUGAUUGAAAAUGACUCCUCAACAACUAUGGUGUUUUUAGAACGUGUAACAGAACAUUAUGAUGGUUCUAUAGACACAAUGAAACCUGGUGAUAUCAUCUUUGACCCAUGGAAGGAUACUAGAUAUCCAUUACUUCAUUAUUUGGCUUUAAUGGGAAAAUGUGCAGGUUCAUUUGCAUUAGCAGAUGCUGGCCAUGACCCGAUAACUGUUGUGGCUGAGAAUGGUGACACAGUACUCCAUACUAUGGUUCGAGAAAUGUAUAAUUUCAACUGUACACAUGGGCAUAUGGAUAUCUUACUUAAAAAAUUUAAAUUGUUGUUACGUGAAUUUAAAGGCUGCAUGUUUGUAGUAAAUUACGAAAGAGAUACUCCCUUACAUGUUUGCGCACAAAUGAUUUUAAAUACAGUUAAAUUGCUUUCUGCGACUGGCCGCAGCAAACCGCCAUUUCGAUUGUAUCAGUUUUUGAAAAAUAUGAUGACUGCUUGUUUAGAAAUAAUAAGUGAAGAAGAUAGUGAAAAACUUAAUAUGCAAAAUAUUUGUGGCUUUACGGUGGCCCAUUACAUUGCACAGGAUCGUGCAUCUAGCUAUUUAUUGGAUAUAAUUAAAGAGAAAGGUGCAAAUUUUGAUCUACAAACCGUUGACAAAAAAACAGUUACAGAGCUACAAGAAAGUGCCCCUCCUGCUCCUUCUGAUGAUAUCUUAGAGCUAGCUGUCUUUUCUGCUAAAGGCAAUAAAUACAAAACUAGUGCUUCGAAAAAGCCAAAAUAUAGUCCAGUCAUAUACUCAGCUGAUAGAGGGAGUCCUUUAAAAAAACGACAAAUUAAACCACCAUCUAAAUUCAGCGAACAAGAUCAUUUUUCACCUGACCCAAAAAGACCAAGAAUAAAAGUGACAAAAACAAAAAGUGAAAGAAGGGCAAGUGUUAAAAAAGCAGAACGUGAAGAAGAAAAUGAUAUUCCUACUAAUAGGUUAAUCGUUAAACUUCCAAUAAGUAAGAACCAAAGCAAGCAAGUGACUAUGGGAGUGCAAAAUUUAAAAGCCGAACAUAAAAGUAACGUUAAUACUUUGCCAGAAGAAUCCAAGUUAAUUAUAAAUACAGGUAUUAAUAAAGAAAACUUUGUAGCAGCCGAUAAUAAAUUAGUGACUGAAUCACCCCUAGCUAUUCUGUCUGAAAAAAUGAAGGGAAAUAAGAAAGCCUCAGACAACGACAUUGUCCCCUCCAUGGUGGAUACGAAAAAAACAAUACCCUCUUCAGAUGUUAAACAAACUGUUAAACAUAUUCUCCCACACCAAAUAAAGCUUCCUCCUGCAAUAAAGGCUCAACCUUUUACCACGCAGUUUUUACCACAAACAACCAACUCUUCAGUUAUAUACAAUUUAGCACAGAAAACACAGCUACAGAUCACAUCGCCAACAAGUUUUGCUCCGGCUUCCCAGUCCUUGCCUGGUUCAAAACCUGAUUCCCCAGUAAUUAAGAAUGUACAUAGCUUGAAAGGUACCAGUGCUACUGCUACUAGGAAUGAACCCUUUUUCGUAUACAAUCAGAGUCAGCAAGUAUUAUCAUCAAAUUUGACAACACCUACUCAAACUUUUCAACAAAGAAAUCUUCUAACUUCACCACAAGGCAUAUCUCCAAUGUUAAGGAAUAUUCGUCCAACUUUACCAAGUAAUAUUCAAAAUUUACAGCAACCGCUUAUAUUUAAAACGGCUGAUGGUAAAGUUAUGUCCAUUAAUUUGAUGCAAGUAAACAAUGGUGGUGCUAACAAUGUAAAACCUUCACUGACACUAAACCCAAACAUCCCACAUCAAACAUUUCAGCAAAUGAAUUCAUCAAAUUUCGGCAGACCUCAUAACGUCAGAUACGUGUUCAACCCUGGCCCUUCCAAUCACCCGCAAGUCAGAAUGAGAAAUGCAUCCAAUAUGCUGCGACAUGCUUACAACAACCGACCGCAAAACUCCCCCGUGUAUCCGUACCCAAUGAUGAUGAAUUCGCCUUCUAUGGUGGCAGUUACUAGCAAUAACGUUAAUAUAUCUCAGCAGACAUAUAAUCCAUAUAUAAACUCUUUUCCUCCAAGACCUUUGAUUUCACAACCGCUCAAUAAUCAAUUUAUUUGUCCACCAGAACUUCGAAAUGUUUCAAAAGCUGAUGAGAAAAAGUUUAAAAGUUUGGAAGCUAGCAUCAAAAACUUGCAUAAUUCGGUUUCCAUAGGUUUUAAACCACCUAUAAUCACUUCGUUAGCAUGUAAAGUAGAGAGUGCACCACCAGUGAUUAUACUAGACAAUGAUGAUGUUGAGAUUCGUGAUUCUAAAUAUUCAAAUUCAAAGAUGAAAAGUCCCGUUAGUUCGGACAAGGUGUCAUCAACAUCAAAUAUCGAUCCAGAUAACAUGGUUAUGGUGAUAAAGAACUAUUUACAAGAGAAGGGUUCCAUCAGUGAUUUCAUGAAGUACUCGCAAGAGAAGAAAGAUUCGUUGUUACAGAACCUACAAGAGGAACGUCAACGCAUUGGCGAUGUUAACAAAGAAAUUAUUAAUCGAGAAAACGAGUUGGCAUCUACACGAGAAAAUAUCGUUGAAAAGGAAAUGGAGAUCGCGCAACUUCGCUUAAAAGUUUCCAACAUGAUUAAUAACCUCCAACCGUUACGCACGAAGCGAAACGAACUUGUCGAUUCGUGUUCUUCGAUAGAGAAGCGAAUAAAAGCCGUGGACGAACGGACGGAGUUAUUUCAGUCUUUCGCCAUUGAAAAAACCUCGUAGGGUUUUGUUUUUUUUGGUAUACAUUUAUUUUUGUUCACGUAACACUUUCGUAACACUUUCUUUAUAGUUCAUUUGAAGAAUUCUCUUUCAUCAAAAAAAUACGUUAUCAUAAUGGUGUAAAGUAUGGCGUUAACGCCCAUAGCGAGUGACGUAUAUCAAUGCCGCCCACAGUAUAUAUAUGUUUUCUUCAGUACCAUUUUUGUAUACAUUUUCUUUUUUCUUUUCUUUUUUUUAUUUAAAUACUACCUGUCACUCCCGAUUCUUGUAUAUUUUAUUUGCUAUAACAGAGUUGUAUAGACUUAUUAAAAGAACUGAAAAACGUAAAAUAAACUUGUAUAUUAUA